AUUUGCCAUUUGAAAUUGGAAGACCGUUGAUACCACUCUGGUCUGUUAAGACAUUUAUUCAUUUAUAUGUUUGAAAGAUUUAUUGAAACAAGCGAUGGCAGCCUCGGCAGCAUGCGGGCAGACAUUGUCGCCAUGUAUUUCCACAGCAAAAGGAUCUAACAUGUUAUCCACCGGGAUCUCUGCUAGGCAUUCUUUGAAAAGAUUCAAUUUUUCUAAGAUUCAAGCUACUCCACUACAGUCAGUUUCUGUCAGCAAUGCAAAUUGUUGGAGAAAAUCUAAUACGUUGACUGUCUACGCUACUGUUCGACAGCUAACAGGAUCCAUUACAAAACCAGAGGGCCUUCGUUUUGUUGUGGUUGCUGCUCGUUUCAAUGAUAUUAUAACCAAACCUCUUGUUGAGGGUGCUUUGGAAGGUUUUAGAAGACAUUCUGUCAGAGAAGAAGAUAUUGAUGUGAUCUGGGUGCCAGGAAGCUUUGAGAUCCCCUUGGUUGCACAAACUGUGGCAAAGUCAGGGAAGUAUCAUGCAGUAAUAUGCAUUGGAGCUGUGGUAAGAGGUGCUACUACACACUAUGAAGCUGUGGUGAAUUCUGCAUCAUCAGGAGUCCUUUCAGCUGGUUUGAAUUCAGGUGUACCAUGUAUAUUGGGUGUCCUAACCUGCGAUACAAUGGAACAGGCCAUGGACAGAGCUGGUGGUAAAGUUGGAAACAAAGGCGCUGAAGCUGCUGUAACUGCGAUUGAGAUGGCUUCAUUAUUCCAACAUCAUCUGAGAUUUUGAAAUCUACAGGAUUAUUGUUACAGGGAAUAUGGUUGUUGCACCAUCCAUUAAAUAAUUGAAUGAUGACUUUCUAGGUCAGUGUAACUACAAGAGAUUUUAUGGCUUUUUCACAAGCUCGUGAGUGAUCUUCACUGCUCUUUGGGUUGAAUCUCUACUCAAACAUCCACCCCCUAGCUCCCCUCCUAAUAUGAUGUACCAAAUCUGGCUGUUAACGUUUAAUUUUGCGAGUAUGGAAAUCAGAUGGAACACUAAUACAGUUAGAAAUAUAUAAAAUGUUUAUGCAACACCUCGGAUGCACCUUUAAUUGUAUUAAUUAAUAAAUUGAACAUUAAAAAAAUUGUUAUAUUUUGAUUUUUAAUUUAUUAAUAAUUAUGAUCAAAAGUGCAUCCUAGGUGCUGCAUAGAUAUACAUUCAAAGA